AGUGUGGUAAUAGCUACCAGAGUAGGGCCCAGUUGAGCGGAUGGUGACCGUGGACCAAUUGAUGACCGAGACUGGAGCUCCUCGGGGUGAUGACAAAGGGAGAGGACUACAGCGAUGGAAGGCUGGUACCGUCUUCACCCGAAAAGAGGAUGCACUGCUGCUGUCACUGAUCAAGAAGUAUGGCCCUCGGAAUUGGUCAUUGAUUGCGAGUGGGAUCAGGGGGCGUGCGGGGAAGAGCUGCAGGCUACGGUGGUGCAAUCAGCUUGAUCCAGUUCUGAAGAAGGAGCCGUUCACCCAAGCGGAAGAUGCAGCCAUCAUUGUCGCACACAAGAAGUAUGGUAAUAAGUGGGCAGCCAUAGCGAAACACUUGCCAGGAAGAACGGACAAUGCGAUCAAGAAUCACUGGAACUCAACUUUGAAGCGAAAAUAUCCCGGCCUUGUUACGGGAACAGAGCUGUCUGAUGAUGUUGAACGCAGAGGUCCAAUCGCAUUGACAGAAGCUUUAGACCGAAGCUACUUAGAGGCAGAAGAGAGAGAGCAACAAGCAAGACAGGGGCAGAAUCCAGCAGUGACUGCGACAAAGAAGAGGCGGACAAAGCAGCGCCCUAGGAAAGGGCCCAUUAUUUCCUCAACUAGAGAGGAGGAUAAUGAAUCUAGCGAAGAGGAAGGAGGCGAUGGACUCGAAGACGGUAGAAACUCAGGAAAUGAGACGGAACAGACUUUCACUGGCAGGACUCCUUGUCAGCGAAGCAAGCAUGGCAAAGCAGACCACUCGUGCUCAGACCGGCUGCUCCAGCUUGCUGUUCAAGUGACCAAAUACGUCACCGACACUGAUCGGCAACAGGAGGCACAUGCUGAUCACACAGAGAAACGAUUCCCUCCCGAUGCAGGUGGUGGAGUGCUUUGCGCUGGGCCAAAAAGGGCUGAGAGGGUUCCCAACUCUGCUACGAGUGAUGAGCCAGUAAGCAAGGCAAGACGGCAAACUGCAGGGAGUAGGCAAGGACGGUGGUGUGGAGGGGGUAGAGGGGGAAGAGUCAGUAAGCAACAGUUAGGUAAUUGGACUGCGAAGGUAGACGGAGCUAAAGAGGGCAAAUCCGUCGGGGGGAGAAGCAGUUGUAAGCGCAGUGUCGUCCCCCCUCGUCUUUCUCGAUGUGAAGCAAGUGAUGGAGGAAACAAGAGGAAGAUAAGAGAGAGGCGAAAAUCUCUCAGAAGUGAAGCGUGUGUGAACUUGACGACACCCAAUGAUUCCUCAAACGGGGGCGUCAUGAGCAAUGAGAGUUUCUUGCCGCAAGAUGUGAUUCGGAGGCACAAUACGCGCGGUGCGAGUAUGGCAGCAGUUUGUAUUGACCAUAGCAUUGAGCUUUCUGAAGGAAUAAGGGGAGCACACUGGCUAUCGACAUCAUCAUCAUCCAAGAGAAAGAUAGAGUGGGAUGAUUCUGUCUGUGCCGAACACACAGUUGCAGAACAGUCGUCUAAACUUUCCCGUCAGAGUAUUAGCACAAAGGUUGGGGCGAUUGACUCAUCUGGAAAGAAGAAACAGAAGAUGGAAAUAUCUUCAAGCAGGCCAGUGAGAAGGUCCACCAGCCAUUUGUCGCCAGCAAUACUGUACACCGCUGCUUCGUCCAGCAACAGUGGGGGCACGGAGGGCAACAGCAGCGGUCAGUUUCCAUUGAAUCCAAAUGAAGUUAAGAAAAGGCCGGUGCCCAGUGGCUGUGAAGGUUAUGAUGGUCGUGAAAGGCAGCGUAUGGAGUCAAGAGGGGGAAGAAGGAAGCAGAUUCAUGAAGCUGCCGAUGAGGGCCGAGAAGAUGAUAAUGAUGGGGAGUGUGAAGGGGGGGCUGCAGGUUGGGACCAGAGGUCAGGCACGUCCGAGGAGAGGAGUGACCUUCUGCACCAGGGUGAGAGCUGCGCUGAACCACAUGAAGCCACAUUGACUGGUCGCAAAGGGAAUGCCAGAAAACCCAGGAGUAGCAGCAAGCCAGUAAGUCUGUCAGAGUCUGUGACUGGAAUGAGGACAAAGGUGGCUAUUUCCUCUCAGGAAAGAGACAGUAACCUUAUUGCUUCCUUUAGGAAUGUGAUGAAUCAGCAUGGAAUAGUGAGUUCCUCAGCAGAUAAGAUUGCACCUGCCCCCUCCCCUCCCAAGCCACCUCCGCAAUGUGAUAUGCUGCAGGAAUAUGAAAAAGGAUGGCAAGCAAGGGAGGAAGAGAUGGAGUGCUUUCCGGAUCCCGGCGAACCCUCCUACCGACUACGAGGAGAGAGGGAGAAGAGGGUGAAGAUAAGGGGAUGUAGUCCUGCUAGAAAAACAGACUGCUCAGAUGAUCUUUCCCUGUGCCCAGCGGACCAUGGCUGUACUACCAAUGCCAGGAGAGUUGGGGAGGUUUUUGUUGGUGAAGGCGACGCAGACGCCACCAAUUCGGGAUUGGAUGGGGGUAAGGGAGGAGAGGCAAGGUCACUAUGUUCGAGGGAGUGGGAGAAAGGCCAUGUCAGGGACUUGCCUCCAAUGACAGCUGAGGAAGCUUCCGACAAGCUCAACCACAAGCCUGGAAUUCAGGGACAUGGUAGCAAGGCCUUUCAGGACACGGAUGCUGGCACGUGGACAGGUAAGGAACCCCAGACCCUCCAGCAGCAAGCGGAGGUCUCACGGCCGCUUGCAGCAAGGAUGCAGCUGAAGUACAGGAACCGAUAUCUGAAUCCGUCCAGCACAGACCGCAAUUCGCAGGAACAAGUGAUGCAGUGGAGACUUACUGGGGUGCGUCUAGGGUCUUCGGUCGGUUCAGUCAUUAGCGCCUCCCGUCGGCGCCUUGAGGGAGCAGCAAAGGCUUUUAAGCCGGAGCAGUCGUCGGAUCCAAAACCUGAUAAUGAUCUUCAUGGCAAGCCUGAGCACUCAGGUCACGGCAAAGAUGACUUGAUUUCCAUAGUGAUGCAUGAACCUGUGGCCUUGACCCGGCAUGGUCUGGUGUUAAGCACGUCACCAGUCUCAGCUGGUGGUGCCAGUCUGUUGCAAAAGGACAAUCCGGCGGACUUGUCAACAGAUUCUGGGGCUGAAGUCAGCGAAUUCUCUAACGUUAGCCUCCUCAAAAAGGGAGCUGAAAGAGGAUCGCUGCUUGUCACGGACAUGGUCAAUCUCAAAGGCAGUUCCAAACUCUUGCCAGCCGCUCAACAGAGAUCGUCAUGUGCAGACUCCCUCUCUGCCGGGGGAGGUUAUGAACCGCAUUCACCGUGUAAGUCACCUCCUAGUGCUCCUGCACAAAAGCCCUCCCAUGCUUUGCCAAAGGUGGCGGUGGAUAUCAGUAGAGGAGCUGUGCAUGGGCAGACAGGAGCAUUUACAUCACUCUCACAACGAGGGCUUCGAUCUGCGGAGUCUUCAAACCCGCCGUUUGGCGAAUUGAAGAAGGCUGGUGCAUUGCAGGGGACACAGGUGGCGUGCGACAAUCUCUCCCUGCCUGAUAGCAAUGGCUCAUUGAGCUUCAAUGUCGCGGCGAAAAAGAGAGACGAUAAUAGUUGUCUUCCUAUUCAGACGAUUGCAGCAGCAACAGCAGCUGCUGCACUUGCCCGCAGAACUGGCCAGUUCUCCGAAAGGAGAGUGGCAAAAAGAUCCUGGCCUGAAGAAAGUCUGCUGUCGGGGGAUGCUCUGGGUCAAUUACGCGAGAGUGCGAUCACCAAAUCGUAUCUGCCUAAUCUUCCUGAAAACGCUCCUAGAGUGGACACACCACCUCCAUGCCAAAGCUCUGCAGCUAUGGUGCACGAGCCUGACCAUCUAGUUCCCGGAAACGGCCGGACGACCCUCGGUUGUGCUGGCGGAGAAGCGCCAGUAACGGAAUCUGUCACCACCACUAUCCGGCAUCAGCUCCAAUCCCAUGGGGUGGCCAGGACAUCAACUGGUCUGCAUAUCAAUCCAACUACCGCCCGGGGGUCCACGCAGCUGGACAUCUUCACGCCUGCACCUGACGGGCUGCAGGUCCACAACCAUAGAAUAAGACAAGAUAACUUCUUGUUGUCUGCUCAUGGCACAGUAGAGAAUAGUCGGGUGGAUACUCUAUCGAAGAUGAGCUCUCCUGUUGCCAUAUCUGGCAGGAUUAGAGAUUUGUGCGCUGGCACAAAAGGAGCCACGGCUUUCAAACAACCCCCGACUCACAUGGCAAAUGAUGGCAUAUUCAAGGGGCCUUCCCAAGCCGUUCACGGAAUGCGCACGACAUCUCCUGUUCGACAACCGCUGCCUGAUGUGCCUCCUCGUGACCAGAAGCAGCAGCAGGGAUGUAGUUUUGCAGGAGAUGACGAUGUGCUGCUCGCUGCUGUGGCUGAAGGCGCGCAUAUCCAGAUGCCAACAAAUGAAGAUCUGAUACGGGCCUUGACAUGUCAUCUUCCAUCAUUUAAUGAGAAGUUGAACUCUUCGAAUGAAAAGCUUGUUCCUCAGGAGGAUGCACAGUGCAGGGCCUCCUUGACGAACCUUCCUCAGAACCGAAAACCAAAUGCAGACACUGCCGCAAAGGAUGAAGAAAGCUCUCAAGUGAAAGGGAAAGCUUCAUUUCAACAACCACUCAGUCCGAGGACACUUGACCACGCUUGUCGGCUACAGCAUCCAACUACAUCCCGGAAGAAUCAAUCCUGUGAUGAGGAAGUCUGCAUAGAUAGCAGUGCAGAUUGCCACGUUGUGAAGGAGUUGCUUCCGACUCGUUUAAUGUCUGCGCACAGUGACCACACCCAGCACAAUCAGUACUUGCAUCAUCACCCUCAUUCCAGUAAGGACACUGAGAAAAUUGUGGCAACUGCUGAGCGCGAACCUGUGGUUCAGUCAUUGUCUGGACCUAAAGGGAAUAGCACCCUGUACGGAUCGACCUCUUCUGAGUGGAUGGCAGGCUGCACUGCAUUGAACGGACGCAUGCCCUCCACAACGUCUGAGAGUGAUGCUCGUUACAAAGCAACACCAAUUUUGGUUGCACCCCGCGAGGCAAGUGCAGAGUCUGUGAUGUCCUUGUGUUCCUCCUCGUGCCCUGAAAAAGUGACACAGACACCGAUUUGGAAUCGGAACAGCGAUCCCACCUUUGUGCAUCCUUUGGCCCCUGCAGCACGCAUGUGGAAUCAGCAUUCUGCGUUUUCUGUAGUAGUGUCUGCCGAUCCCACGUUAGCGAACCAGAGGACACAAUCGCCUCAUUGCAUUCAUGACUCAGACUCGAGAGCAGACAUUAAUCAGCAUGGACAGAUGGGGCAGAUCUUGGCAGAUGGACACCAGGAGACUGGGCGAACUGCAGGUGAAAGAAGAGGAUCUACAUUGCCACUGGGGUCUGCAGGGAAGGCCGAUAGCAUUCCCGGGGGCAGGGUGCUCCUGGACCUGGCAACGGACUCAAGGGACAGGGGUUGGUCCCCGCAGCGAGUGGAUGUCUCAACGGAUCUUUCCAGGCCAUCCUCAUGUCUGGAAGUAGAUGGUACUAAAGGUCCAGCAGAUGGACAUGUCGAGCAAUCAUCAUACCAACGUGAGGAGGUUACACCAGCUUCUGCUAGGGAACGACCACUUCCUCGUGGGUGUGUGGACCAUGUGCAGCAAAGUGGCGAUCAGUCCUGUCCUACCGCAACUAUUGGAGGCCAGAUACCGCAAGGUCCAGGCUUUCUUGAUUGGGGGACUCGUCUAUCACUAUCAGACCAGCUGCUGCCUCCGGUGUUCCAACGAUCUAUAUCACUCAGUCCCACAUCAUCUCAGCCUCAGCCAGCGAACCAUGCAGUGCUCCAGCCAUCCGCAUCACUUCGCCCCAGAGCUGCUCAGCCUCACCCACCGAACUAUGCGCAGACUUCAUGCAGAGGGGGACCCGAGGACUCGUUUUCCAAGGAUGCGAUCAUUGGUGAUUGUGAUUCAGACGUCUCGCUGUCUAGAGCAAGCACAAGGCAGCAAGCAUCUCCACAGGGAUUUGGCACGCGGGUCCAAAACCAUAACCGGGUGAUAUUUGAAAGUGAGGAAACCAUGACGUCGUCGAACUGCACCCAAGCUGGGCAAGGACCUAUCAACUCUUGGAAUUUCGCUACUGCACCAUCAGCAUCAUCAUCACGGGUGUUCUACGACUUCUUUGGCCUGGGAAACUCUGGUCGCAGCGACUGCAAGUAUCCUAGUGGUCUACAUGAGAAGCCUGAUGAUCCACCGUCUGGCAAAGGUCCUUAUGCUAUUGGCUCGUUGUCCCGAUAGAGGCCGUCGGGUUUUUCCAAAAUUGGUCCUUAUGCUAUUGGCUCGUUGUCCCGAUAGAGGCCUUCCAAAACAAAUCUUCUUUUUUACG